CGCCGCCCGGCCUCUUCCGCUGCCGCCGUGGGAAUGGAAACAUCUGGCCCACGUACCGGAAGCUCGCUCGCGGCGGCGACGGCGGUGUGCCACUCCGUGUCCUAUCGCGCCGAACCCCUGCGGCUGUCAUCGCGAGACGAGCUCGCCGAAAUGGCCGCUUCCAGUCAAGGAAACUUUGAGAGAAAUUUUGAAUCACUGGACCUUGCGGAAUUUGCUAAAAAGCAGCCAUGGUGGCGCAAGCUGUUUGGGCAGGAAUCUGGGCCCUCGGCUGAAAAAUACAGCGUGGCGACACAGCUAUUAAUCGGAGGUGUCACAGGAUGGUGCACGGGUUUCAUAUUCCAGAAGGUUGGAAAGUUGGCUGCAACGGCUGUGGGAGGUGGAUUUUUUCUCCUUCAGCUUGCAAACCAUACCGGGUACAUCAAAGUUGACUGGCAGCGAGUAGAGAAGGACAUGAAGAAAGCCAAGGAGCAACUGAAGAUCCGUAAAAGCAGCCAGAUACCCAGCGAGGUCAAAAGCAAAGCAGAGGAGGUAGUGUCAUUUGUGAAGAAGAACGUUCUAGUAACUGGUGGAUUUUUCGGAGGCUUUCUGCUUGGCAUGGCAUCCUAAAGAGGACAACUUCACUUCCGUUAUUCCUGUGUUUUCCAGCCAGCAGCCUCUACACUCCAUCAUGGACAUCAAAUGUCUCCUGCUUCUCUUCUUCCGUGCCUUCCUCCCUGCCGCGGCGUAUGCGAAUGGCUUCUAUAGGCAUCUGUCGGUACAAGUUGAUACGGCCCUACUGUGGGCUCGAUGGCAAUGGAAGAGAUCAUAGACAUUAGCUCUUCCCAGCACACUCCCCAGUUGACUAAUCUGUAGGUCAGCAAAAAUGUUCCUUUGCCUCCUCCCAUAGCUACAAGAUACUUAACAGAGCGCAGUAUCACAUGCCUCGGCUUGGAGGGUGAGUGGCUCCUCAGAAGCUGUCCCAGACUUGAUAUGGGAAGAAAACAUAAGCGUAUAGAUACCUUAUGUGUUGCAUGGGAAGGAACUGAAUACAUUUGCCUUUAAGCAUGAAAGACUUGGUAUCUUGGUGUCUACUUUCUUUUUUUUUUUUUUUUUAGUUGCUUUUAGAUUACAGAAAGAGAGCUAUUUAUAUACUUGCUGUAAUUAUCCUGGCAAAAAUGGCAGUAUAAGCACUAUAAUUGAAACAUCUGAAUACAGAAUGAACUUGUGCUGAGCUGAAGGUAUUGUGUUUGGGAAGAACGUCUUUAGGGAAACCGACCAAUAAAUACAUCACUGAAUGGUCAAACUUAGUGAAUCAUUUAGGGGCGUUAAGAUAUUAUCCAGGGGUGUAUUCCACCAUAAAGCCACUCAGGCCUAUUGCUAAAGGUUUUUUUCAUGGUAAAAUAAGUGACUUUAGGUGGGAGACUGAAGAAGCUCACAGAUUUUUAUUUCAUAGGAACGGUUUUAAGCUUUGAGACAUUAGGUAUUAUUUACCUCUUGUCAAAACAUUAGGGGUCGCCGUGCUUCCUGUGUGAAAGUCUGCUAUUUCUCUAGUCGCUUUGAAAUACCUCACAUUCAGAAUUGAGAACAAUAGCAAUGGCAUGUGUGAAGUCGGUCAGUUCCGUCAUCAAACAUAACGUGCUGUGUCACAGUGACCCCACCUCAUAGAAUUAUUCUUUGAAAUAACAGUUUUUGGACACACAUACACGUGCCUAGAAUCUUAGCACAUUUUGUUGUAAUGGCCCGUUACCAUGGCUGCAGCUUCAUCUUCAACAUCCAAUUCUGGAGGAUAAGGCUUGUGUCUUUACCGUUAAACCCGCGGGGCCGAGCGCUUAGUAGGCAUUCAGUGUUUGUUGAAGAUCUGAAUAAUGACCUCAUAUAAAUGUAUCCAGAAAAGGGACUGAUCCAAAGAAUUAUUGGAGAAUUUAUGAGUUCUGAGAAUGCAGAAAACUUAGAAUUCUUAAACUUGCAGCUGAUUCUUUGCAAGAUGUAUGUUUUUAAGGUAUGUUUUUAAGGCUUUCGUUUAAAACAUUUGCCUUUUUACUAAUCUUGGGAAUGAUGUAUUGAAUUUGUAAAUUGUAGCUACCAAUGGAUGUGUGGAGCUUUUUAGGAUUCAUCCACCUGCAUUUUCCCAUUUUAAGGCAACAUAAAAGUUUUGCUUAUAAUCUGUAUGAACCAUCCCCAAAUCAUGGUAGGAGGCUCUGUGUUGCAUAUUUUGUAUAAGAACUUAAAAACUUGUUAUCACCUUUUAUUAUGAAAACAAAUAUAUCUAAAAGUAGAGAAAGUGUAGUGAGCCUUGUAUAUCUUACCACCCACCUGCACUGAUCAUCAGAUUACAGCUUGUUUUAUCAGUUGUUUUGAAACAAAUACAAAGGUUCAUUUCAUUAUAUUUCAGUAUGUGUCUCUAAAACACAGUAACAACUGUGUUUAAAAAUCAUAAAUACACUACCCUACUAUCAUACCAGAAACUUAAUAAUCCCUUAAUAUCAGAUAUCUGGCCAGUUUUCACACUUCCCUGUCUCCAGUGUUUUACAUCUCAGUUUGUUUAAAUCAGUAUCCAUACGACAUAUACUCACAUUGCAUUCAGAUGGUCUAAGUCUCUCGUAAUCUUGUGUGUUCUUUUGGUCUCUUUUCUUUUUUCUUUUUUGGCCUGCGAUAUAUUUAUUGAAGACACUGA